GGGGUAGGUCAUAACAUUUUAUCUCAAUGAUAAAUAAUUAAAAAAAUAGCUUUAAUUAUCAAGAUAAUAUUAGCAAAUUUUAAUUUACAGGGAUACAGGGGGAUUACGAAUUGACAUUUUAUAAAAGUUACGUUUUUGUAGGACGUUUCACGAUUGUGAUUACUUUCAUUGAAUUGAAACAAAUGGAUUCCAUACGAAAAUCGGUGUUAAUGAGUUUUAAAAAACUGCACAGAACAAGAAAUAAUGUGUUUAAAGGUGAUGUCAAAGCUUUAAAUGCAGCUAGAGUUAAAAUCAAUGAGGAGUACAAGAAGAACAAACAUGUAACUGACACAGCAGCAAUACAAGCUAUGAUAAAAUUUAGUACAGACGUAGAGAAUGAAUUGAGGACUCAAGUUAUUCAAGCUAAAGAAGUGAAACCAGGUGUUUUUGAGGCAAGGAUAACAGAUGACACUGUUAAGUUAGAGAAUGUUCCUUUUGAUGAACAUGCAGUACUGCCAACUAAAAAGGGAAAACGUAAAUCUUGUUGCCAAGACGAGGCAAUCAACAAAUAGGUUAUGUAGUAUUGUAUGUAUGUAUGUAUUUUUAAUCUGUCGAUUCUGGUUAUAAUUUGAAAACAUGCAGUCUGUCAAUAGAAUAGGUAUAUAAUUUAGAAAUUUGUUAUGUACAGUUUAGAAUAAUAGGUUAAGAAUAAAUGCUUUUAUAAAA